CAGAAGUUGGUUUUUUGAUAUGGGGCCUGUUUAUUAGGGUUGACAUCCGGUUGUUUUCGCACGUGACUCUUUCCGGAUUCAUGUAGACUCAUUUUCAGACAGUCCGGUCGCAUCACUGAAAAUCUAGGGCGACCAUGUCGUGUCCAUUCAGAAGGUCGUCAACGAGCGCCCAUAACGGUGCGAUGAAAAGAAGUCUCACGUCCAGACAGAACUCGAUCCAGAUCCCGGGCGACUAUCAGGAAGACGAGGGCACGAACACGCUCAAUUUGAAACAGCUGAACGCGGCCAUUCUACUCUUGACUGCACCACCUAAUGAAGCCCUUCAAAUUGCUCUGGAGUCCGUAAUCCGUCGUGGGUCUGAAACUAAUGCCGCUACGUACUCAUGUCUGAAAGCUUUACCAAAAGUGGUAGAAGCAUGCUCCAAUUACGCCUAUUUGGAUGAUAUUUACGAUUUGGUGUCCUCCGAUCCACAGAUCGACGAGAAGAGCUUCCUGAACACGCUGGGCCAGGAGCUGAUCGCCACAUCUUGUACGGGGCGGAUGGAGGGUGCGUUCCGCUGUCUCGGCGGCAACCUGAGGGAGUUUCUAUCCACGUUGGACGGCGUGCACGACGUUCUGAAAUACCAGGAGAGCCAGAGCGACGUUCAGGAGUCCGAAACUUUCAGUUGCACGGCGACCAGCUAUGAUAAUUUACAGCUGGACUUCACCACUGAACGGCCGGCCAUCGCUUACUUGUUGGCCGGAAGUUUGAAGGCGAUCGCCAAGAUUUUGUACGAUACGGACGCCGAAAUUACCGUCACGAGGGAAGAAUCCGAUGGAAUACAUUACAGUUACAAAAUAGAAAGGACCUACACAUCAAUCGAUUACUUCGACCAGGACCAAGAUUGCAAAACUUACUCCGAUAAUGUUAGUGAUCUUCGAAUGGGUGUGGCGACGUUUUGCAAGGCAUUUCCGUGGCAUUUCAUCAUCGACAAGAAAAUGGAACUGGUACAACUAGGUUCCGGAUUCAUGCGACUCUUCGGUCCCCAUCUCAAAGACCUGGGCACCUCCGUGUCAACGUAUUUUGAAUUCAAGAGGCCGAGGAAUAUCACGUUGAAUUUCGGGGAGAUUAUCAAGAGGGCGAACACCCCGUUCAUGUUGGCGAUCAGACCACUAGGGGAUGAUGGAAAUUUUUUGGCCGAGGGGCUGGAACUAAAAGGCCAGAUGGUCUAUUGUCCGGAAUCGGAGUCGAUCCUGUUUAUCGGCUCUCCCUUCAUAGACGGAUUGGAGGGACUGACCGGAAGUGGCCUCUUCAUUUCCGACAUCCCGUUGCACGAUGCCACCAGGGACGUCAUCCUCGUGGGUGAACAAGCUAGAGCACAGGAUGGUUUGAGGAGACGGAUGGACAAAUUGAAGAGUUCAAUCGAGGAAGGUAACAGGGCUGUUGAUAAGGAGAGAGAAAAGAAUGUUAGUUUGCUGCAUCUCAUCUUUCCACCUGACAUCGCCAAACGGCUUUGGUUAGGUGAAAGUAUCGAGGCGAAGACCCACGAAGAUGUGACGAUGCUUUUCAGCGACAUCGUUGGAUUUACCUCGAUAUGCUCGACGGCGACGCCCAUGAUGGUGAUAAAUAUGCUGGAGAACCUCUACAGCCAGUUCGACAUCUUCUGCGGCCAGAUCGAUGUUUAUAAGGUGGAAACGAUCGGGGACGCUUAUUGUGUCGCCGGGGGUUUACACAAGGAGACCGACACGCACGCGCAACAGAUCGCCUGGAUGGCCAUGAUGAUGAUUGAAACCUGCACUAAGCACCAAACGCACCAGGGCCAGCCGAUUCGGAUGCGGAUCGGCAUCCACACCGGAUCCGUAUUGGCGGGCGUCGUGGGAGUGAAAAUGCCCCGUUACUGCAUGUUCGGCCACAACGUCACCAUUGCGAAUAAAUUUGAAUCGGGCAGCGAGCCCCUCAGGAUAAACGUCAGUCCCACCACGUACGAACGUCUGCGGGCCGCUGACGGCUUCACGUUCGAAGAACGGGACCGGUCUUGUCUCCCGAAGGAUUUCCCGGCCGACGUGCCGGGCACCUGUCACUUCCUGCUGGACUACAAGCAUCCCGCGGUGCCGGCAGAGAGUCCGCUAAUCGCGCACGUGGACGCUGGCUUGAAGGAUAUCGGACUCGUCAGUGUCGUGCCGUAAACGCAAGGGUUUCAUUGAAGACUGGUCUUUGGAUGUGAGUACGUGUACGUUGGCAAUAAGGGUUGAGUUGAUGGCAAUCAUUCCAGGUGGUUGAAGGGCGAAGUUUUAAUGCAAUUAUUAUUUAAUGUUAACAAGUUUUAGAAAUGUUGAAACACGUGCGUCUUUCGCAGAAAUAUCAGUUUUUAAAUGAAUUUUACGUGAUAAAAAUAUAUAUAAAAACGUGUUUAUUGCAUAAAAACGGACAAAUUUAAUUUCAUACAGAUGCAUUAUUUUUAAUCCCUUUUUGUUAUUUGACUUUGAUCUCCAUUUACAGUACAAUACAACGGGAAAAACAUGAAAUAUGCAUUAAACAUUUUUAUUUAAACAAAAUAUCAUGAGAUUUUCUACUGUGCUUAUUUUACAAAUCAAACCCUACAGGUGAUUUUUAAUCAUUCAAGUUUUCAAUUUAAUUUCAUGAUUGUGAAUGGAAACUCGUUUAAAUCUGGUUAAAUGAUAAACUGGUUAUCAACUCCGUUUGGACUGACACGUAUGACAUUAACAACAAAACUAACAUUUUGCUAUGCUCCAUAAUAGCUCAUUGGUAGACACAAAAUAAUCAACAUUUUGAAUAUUCCAGCACAAAUUCAGUUGCUUUUGAAAAUUAAAUUGGAUAAAACUUCGCCCGGAAUUCACUCUUCGGGAUAAAAAAGAGGCCUCGUGUCAGAACACGUUUUUUUUUGUUUUAUUUUUUCACUCUAAUUGCAAGCUAUGCCUUCAUUUCUCAUCCUCACUAACCGAACAUUGGAUUUACUCUAUCACGUACUUUCAAAACGGUGCUUUACUAUUUAAGCACUUGUCGCGGUGAUUACCUUUAACCAACUCAAAAGUUAAUGAACUUGUUUUCUUUAAAACGUACUUUUCUACCUUUUCCGGUAAUUCCGCAACAAGUUCUCUUGUUUAAAUAUUGUAUAAUAGCUUUUUUAACCUUUAUAGUUAUAUUUAAUCACUGUACAAAUUUAAGGUAAAUUAGCGUACUCUACUAAAAUAUGUCUCACUUAUUAAAUUCGGAGUUUCAAGUUCCUGUAAAAUAAUUUUUGUAUUUGUUGUCGAGGGAAAGUUGUACAUAUAAAUUGUUGAAUAUUUUUGAGGUUGUGUUUAAUUAUGCAUUCCUAUAAAUAUUUUAGUGAAUGUAUACAAUUAUGUACAUUUAUUUAUGUAUUUUCAAAUCAUUUGCCUCACUCUAUUUAUAAUUUAAGUAGAUGUUGUAGGAAUAAAAAUACAUAACAUAAUAAAAACAAUUGUUGUGUGCAAUAUAUAUAUUUAUAUAACAUACAAACACAAUCUGUUAUUUUAAAUGUGAUAAUAGGAAAUAUUUUCGUUCUUCAAAUUUAUUAAAUAAACGUCUAAAAUUUGGAUCAACAAUGGAAACAAUAAGAAUAUGUGGUUCAAUUUUAAACGUUUAAAGAACUAUUCUUCACUUGUAAAAAUCGCAAAAUACUUGAACUCUAAAAAAAGCGGUUGUUCUAAAUUUCGGAGCUAUAAAGUGGCCGGUUUAACAUUCCAAAGAAUGUGAAAUCGUCCGUGAACUUUUAUAGACGUUGUAUAUAUUUAUUAGGUCUAUAUACAUGUAAUUUUAUAUUUCAGUUCAGUUAUCGACCACAUACUUAUUAUGCACUGUGAAAAUCACAGUUUCCAGCCCUAAAUCAUCUCUCUUCUCUUAAAAUAACCCAAUAAUCAAGUAAUCGAUGUGAUGUCUGUCUGUCUAAUUCUGUAAUUUAGGUACGCAGCUUAGUAAGUAAAAUAUGUUGGAAACUAUGAUUGCAGUUUGUCUUUGUUGAGUUGAAAAGUGUCAUGCAACGGUGACGUAUAUUGGUGUAUUCACAGCUAGUGAAAAAAAACACCUUAGAAAUUCCACUAUUUAUGUUGAAUAAAAAUAUCUA